AUGUCGGCCCCGUACAAGAAAAAGAAAGAUACGUCGAAUGUCCCGUGCAUCCACUUCCAGAAGGGUAUGUGCAGGAACCCGCGCUGCAUGUACAAGCACGUGCGUGUACAGCAGACGGAUGGGAAGUCAGGCGUUAUUGGCGCAGCAUCUGCUGGCAAGGGACCCACCGACGCAGCGACAAACGUGCUCUCCACGAUGCUGAAGCUGGUGUUCGAGAAGCAGCAGCAGCGCGUCUAUGACGCGGCAACAGGUAUGCUGGACCUGCGUGAACUGAAGAAACUGCCGGACCUACACGAUGUGGCCGGUUCGAUUAACUUCAACACACAGAGUUUCUGCCGCGCGCUGUGCACGACGAUUAAAUCACUCAUUGUUCCGCCACCUUCAGCCUUACAGCUGAAGGGAAAUAACAUUACGUCGAUUUACCACAUAGCGAAUCAGCUGGAGAAGGAAGAACUGCACCUCUCACUGCGGGCUAUUUCGCUGGAGUCGAACGAAAUUAAGGCAGUGGAUUCUCUACAAGAAUUAAGGAAUUUUACGAAUCUUCAGGAGCUGGUGCUUGCGGGGAACCCCGCUGCCGAGGCCAGUGAUUACCGCAAUAGGGUGAAGAAGAUGAUACCAUUUCUGCUUGGUCUGGACGGUGAAUCCAUGAUGGCGCCACCGCUGGCCUUGCCAUGGCCACAGUUUGUGGGCUCACAGUACAGCGACGCGCAGAGGCAUGUCCUGCAGUUCGUAGAGUGCGCCCUGCUGAAGCCACUGGAGAUGGACGAAACAUCGGAGGAGAUUGUGCGAAGAGGUGUGGACGCGGUGUCAGACAUAUACGCGCCCAACUCUAUCCUUACAAUCUCUCUGCCAUCACAAGAGGCUGCUGUGAGCUUACCGGCGAAGACGACGAGUGGCAAGCCGGUGACGUCUCAGCAGCGCAAUGUGAUCCGCGAGAUAGUUGGGCUCCGCUUGAGGCAGACGGAGAGUAACCACAACCUUAUGCAGGGCAUCAAAUCGAGUGUUGUGGCAUGUGGUCGAACAAAGGUUUGCUUGCAGCUGGAGCACUGGUUGUACCCAAAGAACUAUGAUGUGAAGCACCUCAUUCACAGCAGCGCAAGUGCAUCGUUUCUGGACAACACAUAUCUUGACGGACCCUCAACCGUGGCGAUGAAAACGCCUGUAACAGUGGUAACGAUUCACGGCGUUAUGGUGUGGAGUUAUAACAACCCGGAGAACCCGCGUAGUUUGGAUCGCGUGGUGAUUCAGCGCAACUUUUCCCGUGUGAUCACCGUAUCACAAAGUGAAGCCGGACGCUGGUUGAUCACAAACGACAUGGUCUCGUUGUAUCCAUUUGCUGGUUUGAGUGCGCAUCCACCAGGGCCUGGGAGCGCGGCGGAUAUUGCUGAAGUGGCAAAUGAUGCAGGGGAGUGCCGUAUCCUGUUCGACCCACGAAUCGAUCGGGUUCGCGCAGAACCACUCAGCCGGCAGAAGAAUGUACCAGUGGAGGUGGUGGUUGAACUGAGCAAGCAUGUGAACAGCGACGUGGAGCUGAUCACUGUGCUGAAUGAUCUUGGCGGUGUACCACUGAGUAUGUUCGAGCACUGCGCAUUAUUGGCGCAGACUGAUACCCUUGAGAGUAUCCAGGUGUGCCGCAUCGGCAAUCGCUUCGGCUUGCCGCCGCAUGAGGGAUUAGAGCUGUUGCGGGCAGUGGGUGGGAGUUGGGUGGCCGUGGAAGAAGCGAUGGCAGCUAGAGGUAUGUAG